AGGAAGGCUGUGCAGGAUGUUUCCAACCAUAAAAUCACGGAUUUUUUCCCUGUUCGGAGAAGUUCACGGAAAACUGGUAAACAGCUAGAGGAAGAGGAGAAAUACGCUUUACGCGAUGCGAUACAUAAUUUAACAAAUGAAGCGCUACUUGAAGUGUACAUAGACGAAAAGAAAGGACGUGGGAUCCGAGCUGCCAAGUCAUUUGUUAAGAAUGAAUUUGUUAUCGAGUACAAAGGAGACAUGAUGGACUACAACUCAGCAAAGCUUCGAGAAGAAGAAUACGCAAAAGAUCCUACUAUCGGCUCUUACAUGUAUUUUUUCAAGUAUAAAAGUAAAAGGUGGUGUGUGGAUGCGACGAGAGAGUCGGAGUUUAAGGGACGACUUAUCAAUCAUAGUGCGCUCCGUCCUAAUCUGCGCACGAAGGUGGUGGAUUUUGAUGGAGAACUCCAUCUUAUUCUUGUUGCAAAACGAGACAUUGAUGAGGCUGAAGAGCUUCUUUAUGACUACGGGGAUCGAACUCCAGAGACUGUUGCUCGCAAUCCAUGGCUGGUGAACUCUUAAUU